UCACUGUUAAAGUAUUGAGAAGUCUGGCAGCAUAUCCCAAAUCAUCUCAUUCUGGUUACACUUGCAUUACAAAAAUAUCCUUUCUAGAGUUUUUAAGAAUAGAACAAGACAUGGCCGAACAUCUACAUGAAACUAAUAAUGCACAAAAGGAAGAAGAAAAUGAAACACCACGAAUAAAUAAUUUUGCCCAAAAAUUUCUAGCUGACUUGGAUGAGGAACGUGAACGACUUGGUGCAGAUUUUCCCUUGUGCGCUUUGUUAAUUGAUGAAGCCUUUGAAAGAGUUUACUCUACAGGACGUAUACCAGGUAGAGAAUAUUAUGCAGAUGUAUACCAACAAAAACCUAUAAAAGUCACACAGAAAGUUUUCGUUCCUGUCAAGCAAUUUCCUAAGUUUAAUUUCACCGGGAAAAUUCUUGGACCCAAAGGUAAUUCCUUAAGAAGAUUACAAGAAGAAACUCAAUGUAAAAUUGUAAUCAAGGGACGAAACUCAAUACGAGAUCGCACUAAGGAGGAAGAAAUGCGCGAAUCAGGAGAUCCACGUUUCGCACAUUUGAAUCGAAGUUUAUAUGUGGAAAUAAGUACAAUAGCAGCACCGGCGGAAUGCUACGCUCGUAUUGCAUACGCCUUAGCUGAGAUCCGCAAGUAUCUUGUUCCAGAUAAAAAUGAUGAUGUAUCCCAUGAGCAAUUAUUAGAAUUAAUGGAAAUAGAUCCUAAGUCGGCAAAACAGUACUCGAAAUCUAUCCUCGACAAAAAGAUGAUGACAGGUCCUAGUUCAUCUAAAUUUUAUAAUCUUGCCCGUCAUGGGGAUCAACAGGGAAUGUAUCAAAAUGAAUCUGAUGAGGAAGUUUACGAAACUAAAGUACAUACUCGUUUAGUGACUCCCAUCCAUAAUUAUGGGUAUGUUAAGGCACCUUAUAAACGUCCACCUACCGCCAUAUAUGGAACUGAAUUAAAACGUACUCGCGACACAACUAUAAAAUCAUAUAAACCACCAUCAUUUGGAAUAAUUAAGAAAUACAAAUAAAGUGUCUUAAUAAUAUAAUGUUUAUAAAAUGUGUUGCAAAACUCAAAUUUCGAAAC